AUGGUCUUAUACUUCAAGAGCAAUGUUGUCGAUCCUCCUGUCACCAUUUACAUGGGCAGAGACAAGUUUGAAAACGAGGAUUUGAUCAAAUAUGGUUUUCCAGAGGAUGUGUGGUAUUUCCACGUCGAUAAACUCUCGAGUGCACACGUAUAUGUCCGUCUCCAACCCGGUCAAACAUGGCUUGAUAUUCCCGAGGCUGUCGUUGAAGACUGUGCCCAGCUUGUAAAAGCCAACAGUAUUGAGGGCAACAAGAAAAACAAUGUUACUAUCAUUUAUACUCCUUGGGAUAAUCUGAAGAAGACUCCUGGUAUGGAGACUGGUCAAGUCACUUUCUUCAAUCAUAAAAAGGUUAAGCGUGUUAUAGUUCACGAGAGAAUCAAUGCAAUUGUGAAUCGAUUGAACAAGACAAAGGAUGAGCGCCAAGUUGAUCUUAUGGAAGAAAAGAUUCAGAGAGAUAAGAUUGAUAGAAAGGCAGCACGCGAAGAGGAAUUCAAAGAGGUAAGAAUUAAUAAAGACUUUUUAUAUAUAAAAAUGAAGUAA